GACGCAGGAUCUGAGGAAACGAGUCCAUCGCAGCAAUGGUUUAUACAUGUGACAUAAACGUUAGCUUGAUUUUUGAAAGAUUGUAUAAAUUAACUGCACAAAAAAUCUGUUGGAGAGGGACCCUCUGGUUUUCCGUUUUCACCAAGAAAUUUGAUAGGUAAUAAUUAUUUCCACACAGCGCUGUAGUUACGCGCUUCCGGGAGUGGGAGGGGAACAAGGGAGUGGGAGGAGGAGGUGGUGGUGUUGUUGGAGCGGCGCGAGCGACGCGCGUGCGCGUAGGCAUAGACACACUGACAGCGAUAUCCGAGCAGCUCGAGACGGUUGCGUUAGGACGCCGUGGCUCGCGCACAGCUCAGAGACCCUUCUCCGCGGUCUCGAGCAGCGACAUUUCCCCCGUUAAUUAGCGACUCCCGGGAACUGCCACUGGUUUUCUUUUUAAAAAAAAAAAAAAAAAAAUCUUCGUUAUUUUCCGACCACCCAUCCAUCCUCAGUUCCCGGCGGUGCACGAAUGCCAUGGCUUUCCUUGGGAAGACGUCGUGUUCCGCGAAGGUCCCACUGCUGGACGACACGGUGCCGUUGACGGCCGUUAUCGAGGCGAGCCAGAACCUGCACUCCCACACGGAAUAUAUCAUUCGUGUUCAGAGGGGUGUUUCUUCAGAGAACACUUGGCAGGUCAUACGGCGAUACAGUGACUUUGAUAUGUUGAACAACAGUCUGUUGAUCUCUGGGAUCAACCUGCCUCUUCCGCCCAAGAAGCUCAUAGGGAACAUGGACCGGGAGUUCAUUGCAGAGAGGCAGAAGGGCCUUCAGGCGUACCUGAACUUCAUUACCUUGCAUCAUCUCCUCUCCAGCAGCGAGCUUGUGAAGAAAUUCCUGGACACUAACAAUUACUCUGCAAACUACACAGAAAUUGCACUACAGCAAGUGUCAAUGUUCUUCAGGUCUGACCCUAAAUGGGAAGUGAUAGAACCAUUGAAAGACAUGGGCUGGAGGAUACACAAGAGGUAUUUUCUGGUGAAAAACAAAGAGCAGCCUAAGGAAAGGCAGGUCUUGAGCUGGGUUGACUUGGGUCCUGAUAAAUUCCUGUCAGACAAGGACCUCCAGUCUGCAAUGAAGCUUCUCCCUACAAUCACAAACCCUUAUAUCUCCCCAGUAACCUUUGCUACCACCAGCGAGUCAUCUGCACUGGUGAUCCGGGUGUUCAGUGAGAAGGGCACACUGAGGGAUCACAUAUGCAAGGUAAAGCCCAAGGAGCCCUUUCUGAAGAAGUACUGUAACCCCAAAAAGAUCCAGGGUCUCGAGCUUCAGCAGAUCAGAACAUACGGGAGACAGAUAUUGGAGGUCCUCAAAUUUCUGCACGACAAAGGCUUUCCUUACGGGCAUCUCCACGCAUCCAACGUCCUAGUAGAAGAUGAGACAUGUAAACUGCUGGAUGUUGAGAACUCCCUCCUCGGGCUCCCUUCCUUCUACAGACAGUACAUAACACAGUUCAGGAAAAUCAAUACUUUGGAAAGCAUGGAUGUUUACUCCUUCGGACACCUGCUGUAUGAAAUGACAUACGGAAGACCUCCGGAUGCUGUGCCUGUCGACCACUACCCCCCUGCUCCGUCCUCGUCUAUUGUGUCUGUGCUGCAGUCCAUCCUCUCCACAGAGGCAUGUAAAACUGGGAUGCCUACAGUCAGCCAGCUACUCCAGACACCGCUGUUCAGUGAUAUGCUGCUUUUCAACUCAGAGAAGCUGCAGUUUAAGAUUCCAGCCAAAUUGAAGGAUGCUCUGAAAAUGGCUAAAGAGUGCUUGGAAAGACGCCUGCAAGAAGAACAGAAAGUGAUCCACCAACACCGGAGACUCACCAGGGCUCAGUCUCACCAUGGGUCUGAGGAGGAGAAGAAGAGGAGGAAGAUCCUUGCUAGAAAGAAAUCUCGGCAGUCAGCUUAUGAGAAUGAAGAAGACCUUUCUGCAAAGUAUAACAACAAUUCUGGUUCGGGUGCCAGUUCACCACCCACAUCGCCCUCGUCCCCCACCCCUCCACCCACCACAGAGCAUGCACCAUUUUGAACGUGUGUGGGGUAAAGUAAUUCAAUACUGAUUCCUACCAGCUUUAAAGCUGCACCACACCUUGUUUCAGUAGCAGAGUUCUGACACACAUUCACUAUCUGGUGCACUUAAUUUCCACAUGUGCUGCAUGAAAAACUUACUCAUUUGCCUAUGAAAAAGAGGUGGCUGCAAAAGAGUUGGAUGCAAUGAUGCUGCAAUAUUUUUAAAGAAAAUUGCAGUGCUGUCGCUUAAUUUAACUUUGUAAAAAUAUCAGACUAGUUGUGCAUUUACCCAUUUUGCUAGAGAUGGAUAACUAAAAUCACGGUUACAUUUUCACUUGAAUGUACAGUACAUGUCCUGGAAACACUGAUUUAACUAAAUGUGGUCAAUAUACAGAUAUUUUGCACAAAUAUUCUUAAACUGAAGAUCUUGCUGCAUGAGGAUCCAGUCACAUAAAGCAUAGGAGAAUUUAAACUGCUUUUAAUAGAAGUAAAUGUAUGCUGUUUUAUCUGGAAAGAAAUAAUGUGUGAAAUAUAAAUAUGACAGCUUAUUACUGGCUGCCCUGUUGAAUAUUUUUUAUUCUGUUAACACAGCAAAUGCUUUUGCUUCAUCUCUUUUGAAAGCAAAAACAAAAACCUGUUUCCAGACCUGCUCUGAAAAAGGUGAAUGCACCUUUAAAUGUCACAGUCUGCACUGUGGUCCACUCAGACACACAUUUCUUAAAUUUAUAAACAUGUCAUGUUUACAUGUUAAGCUGUAUAAUUUGCAGGAUCACAAGCCCACAGAAGUGUUACCUUGUGUGCUUGAGUGUUGUGAUCAUGCUGUGGUGGACUGUGACUCUUCAUGGUCUUUGUCUCUUGUCCUUGUUCUGAGGGAGUGGGCGGUGGGAGGUACAAGAAAUGUUAAAUUAAAACCUGCUUACCUGCUGAUCACACUGGCAUGAUUUUGCCAAGGAAAGGAUUUACUUCGGGGUCCUGCUCAGAGUCGCUAGGACUGCAUGUGGCUGUUGGUUGGGAUGCUGCGGCUGCUGCCCUUGGCCAUUGACACUCGAGUGCCCUGCACAGAUUCAUACAGUGAAAUAGGAAGCUCAGUGGCAGGAACUUGAUUUGGAGGAGGGCAUGUGAGCUGGCCUCAAGCGUCCAACAGAGUACACUGUAGAAUGGACUGCAGUGGAAAAACUUGGCAACAAAUUCAUCUCCAAGGUCUGUAGAUGAUGAUAGUUUUGGUAUAAUUAUGAAACCAGGAGGAGAGAUAAAGAACAACUUGCUCAAAAGGAUGAUAAUCUUACCUGUUCUUUUUAUUUUUAGCUGCAUGAAAUGUGUUUUUCCUGCCAUGUUUAAAUUCAUUUUGCUGAUUUUCUCCAGAG